CGGAAGUUGGAAAAAAAAAUCAGGCUCUAGUGGAGGACCAAAGAACAAGGGCGGAACUGUUUUCAUUUAUUUCACUUUUUUUAAUAUCCUGCGGUCGGGUUUCAGCACUGAUUAUCUUUCUUUAAUAAUCACAAGUAUUGCGUCUCACGAAUGUGAAAGAAGAAGAACAUUUCGAGGAGUUUUUGCAGUAAAAGGAUGUCAAUGAGGCCUCGCAAUAGGGAAAUCUGCGCUGAUUGCAGCGCCUCUGAGCCUCGAUGGGCCUCGAUCAAUAGAGGAGUUCUUAUCUGUGAUGAGUGCUGCAGUAUACACCGAGGUCUGGGUCGUCACAGUUCGCAGGUCCGCCACCUGACUCACACGCCGUGGCCUGCGUCGCAAUUACAGAUGGUCCAGACUUUAUAUAACAAUGGGGCAAAUUCGAUUUGGGAGCACAGUCUUCUGGACCCUUCCUCAAUUAUGAGUGGAAAACGCAAAGCCAAUCCACAGGACAGAGUGCAUCCCAACAAAACAGAGUUCAUAAAGGCCAAAUACCAAAUGCUGGCUUUUGUUCAUCGAAUGCCAUGUCGUGAGGACGACAGCGUGACUGCAAAGGACCUGAGUAAACAACUCCACUCCAGCGUGCGGACCGGGAAUCUGGAGACUUGUCUCAGGCUGUUGUCUUUGGGAGCGCAGGCAAACUUUUUCCAUCCAGAGAAAGGGAACACUCCAUUACACGUGGCGGCCAAAGCGGGUCAGCUUCUCCAAGCCGAGCUCCUGACUGUGUACGGCGCAGACCCUGGCGCUCCAGACAGCAGCGGAAACACGCCUAUCGAUUAUGCAAGACAAGCCGGUCAUCAGGAGCUGGCUGACAGACUGGUGGAGAUCCAGUACGAACUGACAGACAGAUUAGCCUUCUACCUGUGUGGAAGAAAACCAGAUCACAAAAAUGGACAACAUUUUAUAAUUCCUCAGAUAGCAGACAGCACUCUGGAUUUAACCGAAUUGGCUAAAGCUGCAAAAAAGAAACUCCAAUCACUUAGCAAUCAUCAGUUUGAAGAGCUGGCGAUGGAUGUUUACGAUGAGGUGGACAGAAGAGAAACCGAUGCAGUGUGGCUUGCCACUCAGAACCACAGCACUCUGGUGACUGAAACCACAGUGGUUCCCUUUCUCCCAGUCAACCCGGAAUACUCAUCCACUAGGAACCAGGGCCGGCAGAAGCUUGCGAGGUUCAACGCUCACGAGUUUGCUACACUUGUGAUAGACAUUUUAACCGACGCAAAGCGCCGCCAGCAAGGGAAUUCCCCGGAUGUCAAGGAUAACGUAGAGCUGAUUCUGAAAGAUAUCGGCAGCCGCCUCGGGAAUGAGAGCCAAGAGGUGGAACAGCCCGAUUACGACAGCGUGGCAUCCGAUGAAGAUGCAGAACGGGAGCCGGGCUCAGGGAAAGAUGAGAGGACCAAGAGCUCAGAGUCCUCCGACCUGUCUGACGGCCCCAUCACCAUGCAGGAGUUCAUGGAGGUUAAGAAUGCCCUGAAUGCAUCCGAGGCCAAGAUCCAGCAGCUGCUGAAGGUCAACUGCCACCUGAGCGAGGAGCUAAGGCACAUGCAGAGCAAGCUGAACUCCCUGCAGAACGAGAACAGCAAUCUGAAAUGGCAGGGCGCCAACAGCCUGGCGCACCCGCAGGAGCCGCAGCGACGGGCCCCGCCCCGCGGAGGCAGAGCCAUGUCCAUGUACGAGACAGGCUCGGGCAUGAAGCACUACCAUGCCAGAGCAGACGGUGCACAUCCCGAGCCUGGCAGCCUCACCCUCCAGUCCCUUCCUCCUGGUAUUGGGAAGGGUCCCUCCAUGGGUGCCUCCUCCCUCCCCACCUUCCCUUCCACCCUGUCCUGGGCGUGGGACGAGCGAGCCCAAAGGAGGUCCGGGGUGGAGGGAAAGGGCAGCACCUCCGAGAGCGACUAUGAUAACACACCCAACCAUGCCGAGCUGGACGACUCCAGGCCGAGCAUUCCCAGAAGUGGUGGCCGGCUUGGAGAGGGAGCUAUCCCUGAAUCGGGUGACUUUGAGAGCGAGACGGACUCGGCGCUGCCCUCCACCGAGGACGUCAUCAGCAAGACCGAGCAGAUCACCAAGAACAUCCAGGAGCUGCUGCGUGCCGCACAGGAGAACAAACAAGAGAGCUUCGUCCCAUGCUCCGAAAGAAUCCAUCUAGCUGUGACGGAAAUGGCCACCCUGUUUCCGAAGAGGCCGAGUUCAGAGAUGGUGCGCGGCUCCCUGCGGCUGCUGACCUCCAGCGCCAGCCGACUGCAGGGCGAGUGCCAGCGAGCGGCACCGGCCGACUCCUGCCCCGCCGACUCCCAGCUGGUCACGCAGCAGCUCAUCCAGUGCGCCUACGACAUUGCCAAGGCCGCUAAGCAGCUCGUCACCGUCACCACCAAAGAGAGCAACUGAGCCACUCGCCUUUUCCCGUCCUUUUCAUUUCAACGCGGACGACGUCACCCGUCGCCGUCAAGUUUCAUAUAUUUUCUUUUUUUUUUUACAGCAUCAGUAUUAUGAAAAUAUUUUUGUUAUAUUUUUUAUUUAAAGGAAUUUGACUCAUAGUGCCUGUUAACCAAAUUUUAAGUUAUAACCUUGCAGGCCAAUAGUUUUUACAUGUGACCAUCAUGUAGCUCAGUCCGUGCUGCCGUUCUCUGGUAACAAAUGGUGUCAAAUGGUCAUGUGACAGUGCAGUUUCUUGUGGUAAAAUUAAAACCCAGCCAUAAUUUGUGAAUACUUAGUCCUACCUGUGUGAAAAACCAUUUCAACUCUUGUUUUGUGACUAAACAAAUGUACAGUAUCAGAAGUCUAUGACGUCUUUACUUGUAACGCUGAAGUCUAUAAGCUGUAAUACCUCAUACAUAUAUAAAUAUAUACAUAGUCGAUUGUGCCGGGCCUCCUGUUACCGUGCUCCAGAGACUUCAGACACCAAUUCUGAUUUUGACACAAACCACAUUUAUUUCUGCUUUUUCAACAGCUUUGUUGCGCAAAACAAAAAAAAAAUGCUUCGCUGUCGUUUUCACUUGCGUUUAUUUGUAAUUGUGCUUUGUGCAAUUAUGAAUGGAGAUUCAUCCAAAGGAUGUGUGUUCGGUUGCCUUGUGUCUCAAAAUCCAUCAGCAGUUGCGCUUGUGAUUUCUUUAUGUGGUGCUAAUAGCGUGUCUCAUACUCCAGUAUAUUGUAUAUUAUAUAAAUGCUGCUACGCUGUCUCCUACAUAUGCAACUAAUAAGGUGGUGUUGGCUCAGUUCCAUCUGCGUACAGGGAUAACAAAAACCGUGACGGUUUAGCUUCUGUGAAAACCUUGCCAUUGAAUAUAAUAAACCAGAAUUUAUAACAUG